CCCACGUGGGGGGCUCAGGCGGCGGCGGCGGUAGCGGGCGCUCGGACUGAGCUGAUCCCCACGUGUGACAGGUUCAGUGCCGGCUGCCAGUCGCUCCUCUCAGCUUUCGGGGGUUUCUUUUACUGUUUUUAUUGUUUCAAAAAAAAAUCGGGGUUGGGGGUGGGUGGGGGUAGAGUGAGUUUGUGUGAGUGAGUGAGUGAGUGAGUGUGAGAGUGGUUCAUUUUUAUAGUUGCCAGAGAUAUGGAGGCAGACGGUAACCAAGCCACCUCUGGCAGUCCAAACGACUCUCAGCAUGACCCAGGUAAAAUGUUUAUCGGCGGUCUCAGCUGGCAAACCUCACCAGAUAGCCUUAGGGACUAUUUUAGCAAAUUUGGCGAAAUCAGGGAAUGUAUGGUGAUGCGAGAUCCGACCACGAAACGAUCCAGAGGCUUCGGUUUCGUUACGUUUACCGAUCCUGCAAGUGUAGAUAAAGUAUUAGCUCAACCCCAUCACGAAUUAGAUUCCAAGACGAUUGACCCUAAGGUUGCAUUCCCCCGAAGAGCACAACCCAAGAUGGUCACACGAACAAAGAAAAUAUUUGUAGGCGGAUUAUCAGCGAAUACAGUAGUGGAUGAUGUAAAGCAGUACUUCGAGCAGUUUGGCAAGGUAGAAGAUGCCAUGCUAAUGUUUGAUAAGACAACUAACAGACAUCGAGGAUUUGGAUUUGUAACUUUUGAAAAUGAGGAGGUUGUUGAGAAAGUCUGUGAAAUCCACUUCCAUGAAAUCAAUAAUAAAAUGGUAGAAUGUAAGAAAGCACAGCCUAAGGAGGUGAUGUUCCCACCAGGAACACGGGGCCGUGCUCGGGGAUUACCGUAUACUAUGGACGCUUUUAUGCUGGGAAUGGGAAUGCUGGGCUACCCAAACUUUGUCGCAACGUAUGGCCGUGGAUACCCUGGAUUCGCACCCAGCUACAGCUACCAGUUCCCAGGUUUCCCAGCAGCGGCCUAUGGCCCAGUAGCAGCAGCGGCAGCGGCAGCACGAGGCUCAGGUAGGGGCACCCGUGGAAGAGGCUGCUACAUGGCAUACCCUCAGAAUGUAGGGGCAGGGUUUGCCGAUUAUGGUUUCUAUUCCACGCCCGGCGAUCAGCGGGCCACUUUCUCGUUUGCGGACUACGGCUCGGUUGGACUGCGGGCCACUCAGAUGCUUCGCAGUGAGCACGCUCCGUCAGCAAGCAGUCCCUCCCUGCACCAUCUAACCAAUGCGGAUCAGUUUAAGAACCCAGGGUCUGCACCUGGAUUAAACAGCCACCUGCUAACGUGGCCACAACCACUGGUAAAAAUGACAGGUAAGCAAUUCCUGAAUAGCUACAGUGCUCAACCGAAUUAUGGCGCCCCCGCUUCCCCAGCAGGCACCAACCCACCCCGACCCGGUGGAUUCCCUGGAGCCAACAGUCCAGGCCCGGUCGCUGAUAUCUAUGGUACGGCCAGCCAAGACUCUGGUGUCGGUAACUACAUGAGCGCCACCAGUCCCCAGCCUGGCUCUGGCUUUGGACACAGCAUUGGGGGACCCUUGAUCGCGACGGCAUUCACAAAUGGAUACCAUUGAAAGCAAACAGGUGGUUGGUUGGUUACCAUCUCAGGUUUGAGAGUUUAUCAGGAGCACCUUGCGAGACCGGCCGAACUUUCUGACUGGUCCCAUAUUCAGGUGAUGCCAUUAAAGCGAAGAAGAAAACUUUUAACAAAAUACUCACAAGCAGGCACUACAUCAUCACUGAGCAAAGAAAACUGGAGGUGGUAGUCUGUGGACUAAUGGUGUUUUUUUUAAAUGAAAGAAAUUAAAUUGCAUCAUCUCAGUGAUCUACUGUAUUAUAAUAACCUUAAGAUAAAAAGAAUAUGGCAUUUUAAAUGAUUAAUAAUAGUCUUUUUAGUGUUUCUUGAUUUAUUUUGAAAUUUAUUUGAAUCACAAAUAUUAUUUUUUUCCUGCUAUUUGUGUUUGGCCUAGUUAUGUAGUUCUUAGACUGUAUAUGAUACAUUAAUCAGCAAUGUAAUCUCUUUAAACUUUGUGUGUGUGUGUGUGUGUGUCACUUUGACUGGGAAAGAGCCCUGUUUUCCAUUCACAAGAGCCUACCCCCCCCCCCUCCCCUCCCCCAUCCCAGAUUUUACAAAUUCUGAAGACUUGUAAGUGUUUAAGGAGGGGUGGUGAUGGGAGGGAGGGGCUGGUGUUGGUGUUGGUGUUUGGAAGGGGAAAGGGGAGUGAUGCGGUGUGACUCAGCUAAAACAACAGAAACAGAAGUGAGGAAUAAGACAGAAGGAGGUGUUGGGAGGGAUGGAACUCGUGUCUCCUCAUGGGGAGACUACUGCCUAAAGUCAGUGAAACAGGGCGACGGGGGAAAGACUGUUUCUGUUAUAAAUGUUACUGUCUAAAAGGAGCGGAAAAGUAAUGAUCAGAAAUAGAUCUAUUUUUUUGUCCUGCAAUUGUAUCUUGUUUAGCUCCACUUUUGGCAAUAAGGUCAGGACUGUGAGAUUUAUUUUCCAAGUCCUUUUUCUAUAAGUACUGUUUCCACGGGUUUGUGUUUAAUUUUCUGGGUCGUCGUUUGAGGCGGUGAUUAUAGUAUAAGGCGUUUAUUUUUGUCGUUGAAGUUUGUGAACUCUCAAAUACUGUAAAUAACUAUUCCAAGUGGCUGCACAUAUUCUAUUCGGAGAGAGAGAGAGACUGAGAAAGAGUGAGGGGUACAAAUGUUUUGGUUUUUUUUUAACAAUGCUUAUGGUGCUGCUCAGGGAUAGUGGCACAUUUAGUGAAAUACAGAAUCUGUAAGUUAGAGGGAAGUUGGAAAUGCUAUCACGCCUGAUUACCUGGGCGGCACUGUAAUAAUUCUAAGUGUAACACUGUUUAGCUUGCUCUGUAGAAAGCUCCUGACGGAAUUACUGACUGUACUCGCGUCAUUACCAGUAUGUUAAUUUCUAGUCAGCUCCAGAAAAGCAUCUUCAGUCUAGGGUUGUCUCAAUUAUAAAUACGUUUCUUAUUUCACAUCGAGAAAUGAAAAAAAAAAUGUUUUUUUUUUCAUUUCACGGACUGAAGAAAUAAUCCACAAACAAGUUUUAAUUACUUGAAUUGAUUUUUGUUUGUUAAAAUGAACAGGCUAAGAGUUUCUGUCUCUCCAGCCUCGAAAUUAUAAGUGGCUAAAUAUUGUCACGUUUCAACCAUUUGCUUUUCUCUCCUUAAUCUGUUGUUCGGCAAGUACCCUGUCAGUUACUGUAUUGCCUGAGUAGGGAUGUACAGUAAGGCAGUACAAAAGCAGAACUCACACGAGCCUAUUAUCCAUUUUACUCUGUAUUACUGAAUUGAGAGCAAAAAGAAAGGUUCUUUUUCACGAAUACCUCAGUGCUGUAUUGGUUUCAGCAUAGAAGCAUUCUAAAGAUUAAUUUAUUGUAGACUUAAAGAUAAUUAAAAUAACAUUUUUUAACAAUCGUUGCACUGUGAUUGGUAGGGAGAAACUGACAAUUCCUAUUUGCACAUGUUAAUUAUUUGGCAUUUUUUUUAUGGUCCUGGAUCCCCUUAGACGGGGGGGGAGAUGUAUGAAGGAUAGUCUAAUUUCUUUUUGUUACAUUUGUCUUUUAUUUUUAAAUUAAAUUGAGACAAGUAGGGCUCCAACAGCCAAUAGAUUGACAUCUUGUUAGGUGGUAUGAUGAUGAAGUGGGAAUGUUAGUUUAUUGUGUUUUACUGUAAGACAAAGCAACAAAUCAUCUGGGUUUUUUUGAAGAGAAAUAGCAGUAUUUCUUCAACAUGUGAAAUUUGGUACUCUAGACUCUUUGUUAAUACACUGAUUCAUAGCUGCUGCACUCCUGGAUUAUUGUUUCCAGAUAGGUUACAGAAGAGUUAGCAAUUAACAUACGGCCUGACUAGACACAGAAGCAGGUAACUAUAGAGGCAGUCAAAUAUUAUGACAUUAAAACAACAGUGGAUCCUGUCAGGGUUGUUUUUAAAAGAGAGAAAAAAAACACAUUUGUUUUUACUCCCUGUUUUAUUUUUGUCUGGUUUGUAAAAACGCUGGAUGCGAAGAGAUUUUUAUAAGUGAGAAAAGAUUUGAUUGAGGCACGAAAUUGAAAUAAUAACACGCAUUUUAAAGAAAGAAAUUGUUCUUGGGAAAAACAGAAAAACAUAGUUCCCUAAGAUCUGAUUGUAAUCAGGGAACAUUUGUAUUAAUAAAUAAAUAUAUAUAUAUUUUUGGGGGGUUUGUUGAUAAUUCUGAACUGUUUUUCCUAGUUUAUUUUAUUUUUCCCUCAUUCCCUUUCACCUCACAGAGAUACAUUUCCACAUCCCCUCCACCCUGCUUCAUUGUUAGUCAUUGAUGUAUUUUUGCUAGUGUAUACAGUUGCUAUUGUCCUAGAGUGCUGUCUUUGAUGCUUAGCAUAGUGAUUUUUAAGACAAAAUAAUUCUCUCGCCAAUAAUAAAUCUUGAGUAUUAGUUGUAGAUGUAUUGUAAGUUAAAAGAGGAGAAAAAAAGUUUAAAAAAAAUUUUUUAAAGGAAAAAAAACAUAAAUACAAGUUAUUAGAUGUAGUUAAAUGAGAUCUAGGACCAGUAAGGAUAGGAUUUCCUGUAUUUAAUAAUUAAUAAUUAAGAAAAAGGUAAUUACUAACCAUUAUAAUGUUGGGGCAAUUCUGCUGAUCUGACAUGGUUUCAACUAACCAAAGCUUUCAUGACAUUUUAAUGCUGGUAUAUGGAAGGCAUUAAGUGGAUUCCCCACCCUUGUCUUUUUAAAGGGGUUGCCAUACUACCUUAAAUGCUAAUGCUAGAUAUGCAAAACUGGGUUUUUAUUAUUUUUAAGAGGGACACAAGCUAUAAUUAUGAAAAUGAUUUUAUUAAGAAAAGAAUCCAUAUUUUUUUAAAAGCUCAGAUGAAAUUGAUAAAAAAAGUGAUUGUGUGAUAAGUUUUAAUGUUUAUAUACACAUAAACCACAGUCCCAGUGGCCCACUGCACAGAUAUUUUUGACGAAAUAAAAUAUGUUUUAAUGUGUCUGCCUAUAUAGUAAGGUUCACUUUAGUUCUCACUUGUCUAGAGCGUUGGAUUUGUUAAGGUUUUCUGUGACUGAAUAUUCUGUCACUUUAAGAAGAGUCCAUACAAUUUUUAUUUUUUAAUUUGGUCUUGUAGCUUGGACUUUAAGGUAGCAUGGCUCUGUUUUGCUCAAAUUUUAUUUUUCAUUGUACAACAGUUUACAGCUGAUGAAUGUUACACAUCUUGCUUAGACUAGUUUCAAUUCAUUGGGCAAGUGUUGGUGAUUUUUCUGACCUGAAAGCUGUUUGACUGAACUUUGUGCAUUUAAGGCACUGCUGUUAGAACUUGAAGCUGAGGUGAGGAGCUCGGGGAGUUGGGUGGUGAAUGGGGAGGGGGAAAUGGGGCUGGGUCUGGGAAAAUGUUGGGGGAAUUAGGGAUGAGCCACAGUGACGGCCGCAGGUCCAACCUCCAUCCCAGGCUAGAUGCGGUCACGUUAUGUGCCACCUGUCAGUUUGCCAUCGCUCUGCAGUUCCCUUGAUAGUUCUACAUGGAGAAUAGCUGCCCCCCCCUCACCCGUUUAAAUUGGCAAGUGGCUGGGAGGGGAGAGAAAGGGAGAGGACCUAAGAUCCACAUGACACCAUGAAAGGCAGCCCAAGGCACUUGACUGGCCUCAGCAGCAAGAGUGACCACACUUGGGAUAUUGAAGGAAGAUCCUGUUCCGAUUAAUUUCAAGUACUCAUGCCUCCUUCUCCCUUACAAAUUGCUAUGCUGUGCAGAUAGGGGCUGUCAAGUUCUUUAGGAUGUCCCAGGUCCACUAGGGAUAUAAUUCUUUCAUUUCACCUCGUUUCUGAAUUUGAGACCUCGUGACACUUUGACCUCACCUCGACCUUACCGAUAAGAAAUAGUAAAGACUCAAACGGGAAGGAAAGGGUUGGUCCUGCCCCCAAUGCAGUGCUGAAUCAGUCAGACCAUAAACUCCAUGAUCAAGGGGAACUUCACUAAUGACUUACACAUGGCAGAAAUGAGCAAUAUUUGCACUUUCCAAAUUGUGCUAAAACCCAUUGACGUGUUUGGCCGUUGGCUCAAUUAUUUAAUGUCUUUGGAAUUAAUUUGUUAGACCAGGAUUUGCUUUAAUGUGACAAUUGCAGCCUCAGGCAAGAACCACCAGUGCUCAGCACUAAUGCAAAUUGACAGAGUCAACAUCUUUUUCUUCUUUGGUUUUUGGGAAUGCCAAGGGAGGUCAGGAACUAAGGUGGCUGUGAUAUAGUUUUUGGGGCUAGGCAUGGGAGCAUUGUUGGGAGGUUCCCUUUGGAUUUCAGUCACCGAGCAACUCAAUGUAGAUGGGAUACUCCAUCAUGAAGAGAUGUGGACCGAAGCAAGGAGCUUACUUUUAUCUGUUUGAUCACUCAGUGACACUGCCCUCUGGUCGUUGUGAAUUUAGUUCAUUCUCAGUCCUGGCACUGAACUGUCUACAUGUGAGAUGGCCAGAAACAGACAAUCUCCAAUUCCGACAGCAAUUUGAAACAGAGAAGGAUAGCUCUGACAUGGUAGUUAUUGCAGACAGAGAAUGUUAAUGGGAUGCUGCACUACAUGUCUAUUGUAGCUCUGCUGUCAGGAGCUCACAGUCCAUUGUAACAACACUACUGCUGCUGUCAGUGCUGCAGAUAAUUACAGGAUAUGAGAACCUAGGGCACUAGUUAAUUUUAUCAAUGGAAGAUCAUUCAGUUGGCUAGUUUAGUUUUACUUAUCCAGUUAAUGUUUGUAAUUAGAUAUUGUUCAUCUUCAGAGUGAAGACUGUUCACUGCCAGAUUAAGAUGUUAUUGGCAUAGAUAUUACGGCAAGUAGAAAGUGGACAGUGACCACACCAGAAUGGACAGUAGUGAUACCAGUUGAUAGCAAAUAGACAGUGGUCACACCCUUUGGUGAUAAAUGGACAAUGGCCACACCCCUUGGUGAUGAAUGGACAAUGGUCACUCCUCUUGGUGAUGAAUGGACAAUGGUCACACCCCUUGGUGAUGAAUGGACAAUGGCCGCACCCCUUGGUGAUGAAUGGACAAUGGUCACUCCUCUUGGUGAUGAAUGGACAGUGGUCACUCCCCUUGGUGAUGAAUGGACAAUGGCCACACCCCUUGGUGAUGAAUGGACAGUGACUACUCUCCUUGGUGAUGAAUGGACAGUGGUCACACCCAUUGAUGAUGCAUGGACAGUGACCACACCCCUUGGUGAUGCAGGAACAGUGACCACACCCCUUGGUGAUGAAUGGACAAAUGUCACAUCCCUUGGUGAUGAAUGGACAGUGGUCACACUCCUUGGUGAUAAAUGGACAGUGGUCACACUCCUUGGUGAUGAAUGGACAGUGACCACUCCCCUUGGUGAUGAAUGGACAGUGACCACACCCCUUGGUGAUGAAUGGACAGUGACCACACCCCUUGGUGAUGAAUGGACAGUGGUCGCACCCAUUGAUGAUGCAUGGACAGUGGUCACACCCAUUGAUGAUGCAUGGACAGUGGUCACACCCCUUGAUGAUGCAGGGACAGUGACCAUACCCCUUGGUGAUGCAGGAACAGUGACCACACCCCUUGGUGAUGAAUGGACAAACGUCACAUCCCUUGGUGAUGAAUGGACAGUGGUCACACCCCUUGAUGAUGAAUGGACAGUGGUCACACGCCUUGGUAAUGAAUGGACAGUGGUCACACCCCUUGGUGAUGGAUGGACAGUGACCACACCCCUUGGUGAUGGAUGGACAGUAGUUACACCCCUUGGUGAUGAAUGGACAGUGACCACACCCCUUGUGAUGAACGGACAGUGGUCACACUCCUUGCUGAUGAAUGGUCAAUGACCACACCCCUUGGUGAUGAAUUGACAAUGGUCACACCCCUUGGUGAUGAAUGGACAGUGGUCACACCCCUUGGUGAUGAAUGGACAGUGGUCACACCCCUUGGUGAUGAAUGGACAGUGACCACACCCCUUAGUGAUGAAUGGACAGUGGUCACACCCCUUGGUGAUGAAUGGACAGUGGUCACACCCCUUGGUGAUGAAUGCUCAGUGGUCACUUCCCUUGGUGAUGAAUGGACAGUGGUCACAGCAGUUGGUUGAGAUGACAACACCAGGUCUUAGACUUGGGGUGUGACCAGUUGAUCUUAGCAGCUUUCUUACUGAAAUUAACAUUGCAAAACACUUUCUGGGACAGUUCUUAAUUUAUGACUCAUCAGCCCAGUCUUCUCUACAUGUGGCUCAGCACAAGAUUGCAACCCAUUAUACUGCGACACAAUUCCUGCAGCAAUUUAUCUGGCAAACAGUUUUGUGAAAGGGAGACCUGUCAGCCCAGAUAUGACGAUUUGAUCCAUGAUUCCAGAUAAACAUAGGACAGCCCAGAAUGUACACAUAGUGUACAGUGCAAUGUCAGUACAGACAGCACUAAAUAUAAAAUAGUCAGUCUCUGCCUCGGGUCCACUUUGGCUCUUGACUGACUCAUGGAUGGUUGGGUUGGGGAGGGAAUUGAGAUAUUCUCAUGCUGCUGUGCUUUCUUUCCUAGUUUGUUACUUGGAACCUCAUUGCUACAAGUCAGUCAGAAGUCAAGAGUUGGUUUUUGAGGUGCGGUUUGAGUUGUUCGCCAAUGCUGGCUUCAGAGACUGCCAUCCCUUGCCGUAUCACUCUUCCAUUGGUCUCACCUUAAAAGGAGCGGGUGUUACAGGAGGGCUGACCCUGAAAGAGAUGUGUUUUUGAGGCAAGAUGGCAUAUUUGGGAUCUGAUCAGAACACUAUGAUAGCUGACUUCUUGAUGCAGUGGGAUCACAGAUGUCCAUGUGGUUUCUCCAGGUGGAUCAGCAGCUGAACUGCUGGUUUCUUUUGUCCUGUGGAUCUAUUCCUGUUGCAGCCGUGCAUACAAGACUCUGUGAGUCUUGGACUGAUCACUGUCUCAUUAUUCGAUCCACGACACUUUUUCCCUCUUCAACAAUCUGCCUACAAGUUGUGAUUAAGAAGUUAUUUUUUAAAUGGUCAAUUGGUUUGUGAAAUUGACCUGAAAUGUACAAAUAUAAGUUGUUUGCAGAGGAUUGAUUGGAGAUUGGAAUCUGAUUAUGGCCCUGCUGAUUAUUGUGCUGCUGUCUGGUAAAGACGUCUUCACUCUAUCUUUAGCUUCUCCUUCUCUUGUUGUUUACUUUGGAGAUUGAAUUGUAGACUAUGUUGAGAAAUACAGAGGUGCUUCGGUGUUCCAAAGUCUGUGCAAUGUCUCAAUAAAGUCUGAAACGACCCAAUAAACAAAUGAGGUGGAAGAGAGACAUACAAAAUUUGGUACAAAAUAAGUUUUACUUCCUGCAUGCCUUCCGCGUUCCCCCCCCCCCUACAUAGCUUUAGGAUCACCACAAUGAAGUCCAGACCCAGAUUGAAAUUUUCACUGGUAUAGUCCCUCCCUCCAUAGUUCAAGAUUUCGCCCCCUCCCCCUCAGUCUUGAUCCUCUAGUCCAGAGACUACCCCAUUUCUUGCUUUAUUUAGUGGGGAUACUGGGCUGUUCCUCGUGUUCCCAUUUCUGUACUUCUCACUGCAUUGUUAAAUACUCAGAACGAGUGGUUGUGCUGGCAUUGUGGUGAACCAGAGCUUUUUGUUUUAACACUCACUGUCGUUGAUUGAACCAUCACCUCCAAGGCCGAGAGAAAGGCCACUGUGGCCAAAAGGGAGCCAUCUUUCUCAUGUCAUCACCAAGUCCCUGGACAGAGGCAUAACCUUGGGCACAACAGCAGGAAAUAUCAAGCACACUUGCAGAAGGCAAUGCUGGAAACUGGGCACCUGGUUGUGUUUUUAGGUUCUAUGAUCCUCACUAUUGUAAUGAUGGUGCCUGUAAGGAGCAACACCCACACCCCAAUCACUGCAUCAGUACAUUCACUCUUCCCAACUGCUUUUGGAAGAACCUGAUUUUCUUUGUGGAUAUGUCACUCUGAGCUACCACCAGCUUCCCGUCUCAAGCUGCAUAUGAUUGUAGCAUGUCAAGAUGCUUCAGGUGUCCUGUUGAGAGAUGGCUGACGCUCUGCCGGAAUACCACAGCAAUGCAGUGAGUGUAUCAGUCUUCUGUUCGGCUACUGACCUGUACAUGUUCCAGGGCUAGGGCAUGAUGGCCAAUCUCAGGUCAGGGCAGCAGGCUAUUGUUCAGCCUGACCACCUGCCCUUCUUCUGCAGAUAUAUCUACGCCUGAAUGUCCCUGGAAUGGAAGCAUCUGGUGUCCACCAGUGCACUUCAGACCACCCGCCAGUGUGAGGCGCCAAGGGGGCCCAGAUCACAUCAUUGAAUCUGAAAGUAUAAUGAAUUUUGAUUAAAAAUUUCCUUUGAAGCUUCUUUGUGCUACAGUGGGAUAAUAGUGGCUCCUUUCUAAAGGGCCACUUGAUUGGUUCCAGGAUCUAAGAAGAGGUAGAAAUGAAGAGCAGUGAUUUUGACUUCACUUUGAGCAACAGUUUUAGUUGGUUCUGCAAAAGAGCCUUUUAACAUGCUCUGUCCCCUUGUUGGCAACCUCCAUUUCAAUAUUUCAUACAACAGUCUUCAUUGACUGUAAAGUGCUUUAGGCGGCCUUGAGAUCACGAAAGGUGCUAUAUGAAUGCAAGUCUUCCUUUCACACAGAGUGAGAAAAGCUCACUUUUGGCCUCUAGGUUCCACCUGCAGCAUUCAGUGCAGCAAUUCCUUUGUGUGGAUGCCUUUGAUUUACUUUAAUUCCUGGCUGUUUGUUCAGUUCAAUCGUAUUUGCCAUUGCCCUUCAGCCUUAUGCAGUCUCCCUCCAUGUAAACUGUUACCAUUCUGCCCUGAAAACUAAGCAAUGUAGCUGUCCACAUGUGUAGGUCACAUUACACUGUCUUGUCAGCACUUUUGGUGGUCAGUGUGUCUUACCACUCGGUCAAAGCCUGAACAUGCAAGGAAAGCCUUCCUCUUUUUAAAGCUCCAUAUUUCAGGCUCUGCACUGAAUUGCUGCUAAUUCAGACAAAGAUAAAGAAUUUCAAUGGAAAACAUUUUAACCAAUUUCCCACUUAUGGUGAUUUGAGCAAUGCCCAAAGGGGUGAACGAUGGAUUCUGUCCAGGCACUAUCACAAUCUCCAGAAGGGUACCUCCUUGAUGUGAAAUUGUUUUCUGUUUCCAACAUUAACUAGUAUUAAGCAAACAUCUUGAUGAAGAGCUUUUGCCCGAAACAUCGAUUCUCCUGCUCCUCGGAUGCUGCCUGACCUGCUGUGCUUUUCCAGCACCACACUCUCGACUCUGACCUCCAGCAUCUGCAGUCCUCACUUUUGUCUGAAGUAAACGUUGCCAUUUCGUGCCAGUCCAGUACUGUCGUUCCAAGGGACUAGACUUGAGCCUCUCAAACCCAUUUCUCUUGAGUCAAUUUAUAGCCCCACCAAAACCUUUUUUUCUUGUUGGUGCAGAAUUGAUGGGUCAAAGGGCCUCCUGUGUAUUGUAAAACUCUACAACUUUGGCCCUUUCAAUCGUGGCAGUAUGAUUUCAGGUCCAAGAGGGACAGGCGUGGCUCAUCUCACCCAAGUUGUGGUCCUUUAAGUCAUAUUCCACUGCCUUAUGCUAAAAUCUAGGUUGACUGCAAUGCUGAGGGAAAGCUGCAUUGUCAACGGUGCUGUCUCUCAGACAAAAUGUCUUACUGAGGCCCUGUUUGGCCACUCAUUAAUGAUUCUAUGGCAAUACUUUGAAUCGGGUUUGUGGGAGAAUUUUCCCCUGGUGUGCUGUCCUUUAACCAGCAGUACUGAAAGCAGCGAUCCAGUUAUUAUCCCAGCGCUGUUUUAGGAUCUUGCUGUGUUUCCAUUAAUAAGUGCAUUCCUUACUUUACAGCAAUAACUUCACUUAAAAACACUUUAUCAUCUUUGGGCUGUGAGGUGGCAAAUGUCUCCAUAGAAAUGCCAGUUCUCUCUUGGUGCAAAGUUACUUAACUUGAUGCCGUUUCAUGGACAAUAUUCUCAAAAAAUCUGUUAACAAAUCGACACCAAGUACAAUUACACAAUGCUGCAAGCCAGCAUUUGUUCAGCGUGUAUUGUGAAGACUGAAUUGGCAGCGUAAGCAACAACACUCAAUGAUAAGGAAAGGAGAGGGUUUCAUUGUGACAAAAUAAGACUCCUGCUAAAAGGGAAUAAUAAGCCAGACCUCAGAAUGAAAGGUCCACUCAAGCUGUCUGUAAAACCAGUCACCUGCUGUGUAUUUCCACUGUCUACUGCUUUGUCUCAUUAUUUGUGUUUUGAUUUUUACUUCCUUGGCUGUUCUAUCCCCAGUUGCCUGGUCAGGCGCCAAUGUCCUUACUUCACAUUAAGACCGUGCAGCAAACCGUACUGCGCUCUAGAAGAAAGCCUUGAUCUGGAAAGUACUUUGAGACAUUGCAAUAUGAUAGAGGAACAUUUCUGUUUAGACAAGGAACUGUCUUAUCCUGGGGCUGGUCUCCACACUCUGUCCACAGGCUGGCUGAGGAGUGAUAACUGAGAGUUUGAUGUUUACAGUUGAUGAGGCUUGAGUUAUUGCAAGAGCAGGGUCAUUGACCACUUUUCAACGGAGGUUAGACUUACGGAAACAUGGCACUCUUGGACAGCCUGAGACCACGCAAGGCUCUAUGUACACAGUCUUCCUUCCUCCAUGGCUAAAGGGUUUUGAAUCCCCCCUCUCUGGAAAGUAAAAGAUAAAACCCGGAUAAAAUAUCCCUCAAGUAUUGAGUUUCUUGCCAUUGUUUUACCAAGUGAAGCUCCAGUCUUGGCACCUUCUCUUGUGAUUAAUGAGUCAGUCCUUGCCUUGAGAGAAGCAUUUGCAAAAAGACCUUGUCUUUCCAACUGAUGUGGGAUCAAAGGGGUGGAUGGGUGGCUGGGGAUGAUAAUUGAGUGGUGGGGAGACCGAAAGGAAGGAUCCCUUUGCACAUACCACAUAGAGUCUUGUAAACUUUGGCCGCAGAUCGGGGUUUGGAAUGUCACUGGUUUAUGGUCCUCAUAUUAGGUCAAGAUGGCUUCCUGGAAUACAUGCCUCAGCUCCAUCUUAGCCUCCCAAUCGAUGGAGAAAAGCAAUAGCGUUAGAUGAGUAUGUGGGCAAUGCAGAAGUUUGCAGAGAGGCGCUCCUGCAGGUGUUCGGGGUCACUGUGACUCACUCCUCCCUCCCCAGCUCUCACCUCACCAUGAAAAUCCAAACUGUCAACACUGUAAACACAACUAGUUUUAAAACAAAAAGCAUCUUUCAGGUCCCUGUGUACGGCUUACUAAGCCCUGUUGUAAAAUAUGUGGAUGGGGCUCUCUCACAUCACAGAUGUGGAAAGUAUAAUUUUAUAUUUGUAUUUUCAAAAUAAAAAAAUGUUUGUGAAAGGUUUCCAUCCUCUACUGUGGUCCAGAAAUCAAUGUGUUUUGUCUGAGAUAAUAAAAAAAAGUUUCAAAAAUAAA